UGGCUGUGCACACACUGAGCUACUUUCAGCUUCAACUCCUCAAACGAUUCCACCUUUUUUUUAAUACUCGACUCAAUAGUUUCACUGCGGCGUCCUCGUGUCGUUUUAAAUGUCUCAUUUUUAGCCACUGUUAUUUUUGCUGGUUUUAAUGCUUCGCGAGGAAGCUAGCGUCGCUCGUUGUAUAUUUAAAAAGCACAUCGAGUUUAUUUUGAAGGUUGCGACCGGAAGUAGUUUGGUGUUUCCGGUUUUUAGCUUGACGGCCGCAGGUGGCGUUCAGACCUCAACAGGUGGAGUACCGGGUGCACCGUGUCUGGCUCCCGUUCAACCGGCUCGAGGCCUCACGUCGUCGGUAAAACCGGGAGGCAAGUUGACGAACUUCCGUCUGAUUGUCGCCGCAGAUUCCCGAGAGGAAUACAACGUUUCUGAGCCGAAGUUUCAGUGGACCGAGCCGACGGGUUUGGGCCUGGGACCGAUGCAGGAGGCCGGUGAGGCCUGCAGCCGGGACGAUGACAUGGCGGACGGGGACCUGGGCGUCGGGAUGAGUGUCCGAGCGGCACCGAGCUCCCCGAGGAACAAGAGCCAGAGCUGUGCCGGCCUCCUGGAGCAGCUGUCCAGAACCAAGCCGGUCGGACCGGCGGCCCGGAUCCCCGGACUGAACCAGCAGCAGGGAGCCCGCUGGACGCCGCCGAGCUACAGCUCACUGGGGGACCUGUCCAAAGACGAGCUGAAAGACCGACUACAGGAAGCAACUGAGGUGAUCGACGUGUUGUGCUGCGAGCUGGAGGUGGCACAUCGUUACGUUGAAGGCAAAUACGAAGCUCUGAAGAUCUUGCAGGGGAAGGCCAUCCUGGACCAGGCCACGAGUCACACCAAGAGUCUGCUGCAGAAGACGGAGGCGGAGGCCACGGCUCUGGAGAAGGAGGUGAACCGGCUGCAGUGGGAACUCUGCUUCAACCAGGUCCAGAUGAAGAAGUCUCAGCAAUCCUGGGAGGAGAAGCACAGCAGAAUGUUGAGUGAGAACCAGACUCUGACCACCAGCCUGGAGGAGAGAGAGAGCGAGAUCAAGCAGCUCCGGGCCCAAAAUUUCGCCUGUAGUCGUCAGUGCUCGGAGCUCCUCUCCAUGCUGAGCGUGAAGGAGCGCAGAGCUUACCAAGGAGCCACGCCCCAACACGGGAGGGAGGGCAGCGCGCUGCAGCGGUGUCGUCCACAUACCGUUUUACUUUUCAUAUACUUUGUGAACACCGCGUACGAGUGGGCGCCGGCCUUCACCUCCUCCGUGUCGUCCCAGCUGGCGGUUCUGGGGGCGUGUCGGUGCCUCGGUGUCGCCGCGGCGUGUCCGUGCAGCCGGACCGCCGCCGCCGGCAGGAAGCAGCUCGUCCAGCUGCAACAGGAGCUGGACGCUCAGCGGUCGAGGAGGGAGGAGGCGUCGAUGGUCGCCGACGCUUUCCGCAUCGCCUUCGAACAGCAGCUGAGUAAACGAAGUGAGCACUUCCUGCUGCUGGCCGACGGCAACGCCCCGAGAGCCAAUCACAGCAAGGCUGAAGGAGCCAAUAGGAGCCCUCUGCUCGGCGUGAGCCGGCGGCUGAGAGGGCUGCUGUCCUCCAAGAUGCCCGAUGAUCUUUUGGAGACGCUCUCCAGGCUGCUGGACUUGCUAAACGACAAAGACGAGGCGCUGGCCCACCAGAGGAAGGUGAGCAUCAUGUUGGCCCACAGCGCCGAGGAGCUGCAGAGGCGCCUGAGUUCACACCACAGGCCACUGGACCCAGCGGAGGACCGGAGGCGGUCCCGGCAAACGCCCGACGCACCGGAGUCCGAGGCGCGGCCGCAGGUUGUCCCGCCAGAGGCCGACGGCCACGCCCGGCGUCGGCCGGAGCCGCCGGAGCCGGGACGCCCGCCGAGUCCGUCGGGGUCCAGGACUAAAGCGCGGGAGCCGUCGGAUACGUCCCACAAGAGCCACGCGGCUGAAAUCCAUCACUCGGGCCAUCCGGAGUCCUGAUCCACCUCCAGGUCCGACCGGGACUCCGUGGGCUCGCUGCCGUCGCCGCUCGAUUCUAAACGAACCGGCGAAGAUGUGGACAUCCGGGAUGUCACACAGGUGCCUGUACCUGAAGGAACGUUAUGAACAGCACAAGACUUGGCCGACACCCGAAUCCUCAGAGAGGAAGGGUACAUAUAUAUAUAUAUGUAUAUACAUAUAUACAAUAAUUAUAUAUUAUAUAUAUAUAUAUACAUAUAAUUAUUUUUUUAACUGACUUUUUACGACUCGAUUCUUAUCUGCUAAAAAACAAAAAUAAGAUAUCCAUGUUCAUUAAUCAAUUUUCCAAGCUUUUUUAAACUGUUAUUGAUAAAAAGAAAGAAUAGUUUGGGUUCGGAACAGGAAGAUGUACCGAGAGGAAAAGUGAGAAAAGAAUAAUAAUUCUAGAUAAUAUAAUAAGUUCUCUUCUGUGUUUAUGACUCCAGAACUCGUCAUUUUUGCCAUGAUAGUUUUUUAUAUUAAAAUAUUUUUGGCAGGUGUUUUGUUGUUGUCAGGGUGUUUAUUCCAAACACACCCGAACUUACCAUACACAUUUACUGGCUUAAAUGUAGUUGUGUGAUGUGAUUUUAAUGCUUCAAAAUGGCAAUUUGGCUCAAUAGCGCCGCCUUCCAAUAUGAAUUUAAGGAAGUUGCCCAUUUUGACUUUUGUGAUUUUUCUGUAAAUUUGUUUUCCUGUUUCUUGUGACUGUUAACAAAGUCUGAAUAAAGGGAAUUUAUCAUCUCUUCUUUGAA